AUGAAUAGGUUUCUAACAUUGGUUGUUGGAAAUAGAUCAUCUACUCUUUAUUUAAAUAGAUCAAGUAUUUCAUAUUCUAGUAUACUCGGCUGUAGAUAUUAUAAUAGCAACAACAGUGGCAAGAAAUACGAUGAAGUAGAUCUAUCGAAUAUUUCAAAGUCUACACAUAGACGUGAUUUCAAGAGUAAACUAAUAUCACCACAACAAUCAUCAACCAUCACACAACUACCACCUACACCACCCAAAAGAAUAGUAUCGGAUCACGACAAAGAGAAUGAAAUCAUCGUAAACAGAUUAAAGAAUUUCAUAAAGAAUGAACAAGAUACAAUUAAAAUUAUAACAUUAGUCGCCACACGACCACAACACCUCUGUGCAGCUUCUGGCCAACUCGCUCUCGACAGUAUCAUCGCGUUUCAUGGCGAAUCUACUGUUCCUAAAUCAAUGUCUCGACGACAAACAAGAUAUAUACCACUUUGUUUCGCAGGUUCUGGCGGCGAAGGAUCCACAGCACAUCGAGAUGACCACACGCUAUCUCAUACAGAUGUACCUGCACUUUGGCGCGUAUCGUCCAGCACUCAUGACAUACCUUCAACUACGAGCAAACCACGGAAAAACACCGAAUAUGAGUAUCGUCAGAGUGUUUUACAGGUACCAUUUGAAGCAGCUACAGGAAGCGCUCCAACAGCAGCCAAGUCGGCCAAAAGUAAUUCUGCGACAGCAAGUGUGCACGUUGUUUUGGUUUGA